UAUUGAUUUCAACAGAUAUGAGGGGAACAACCCCAACGUAACAGGGACAACAGUAAAAUUUAAAGAAACAGAUAACCACUAAUUCAGAGGCAGACAGGUAGACAGACAGACAGACAAUCUGAUGCCAACUGUGUCCUCUGUGACUCUCACGGGACAACUCCUCCUGCUGUUGCUAUGGGCAACCCACCUCACCAUGGCAACCAAUUGGCUCUCUCUGGCACGUUUGCCACGCUCUCGUCCUGUGUCUGGUGCAGGACUAUGUGGCCAUCUGAGGGGGUUGUCGCCAGGCCAGGUUGGGGUGUGCCGUGCACGGGGGGAGGUCAUGGAGUCUGUGCGAAAGGCUGCCGAGAUGGUCAUAGAGGAGUGCCAGCAUCAGUUCCGAAACAGGCGGUGGAACUGUUCCACCACCACCCGUGGGAUCAAUGUGUUUGGACGAGUCAUGAACCAAGGUACCCGUGAGGCGGCCUUUGUCCACUCUCUUUCGUCAGCAGCGGUUGCCAUGGCAGUGACUCAGGGCUGCAGCCGGGGAGAGCUGGAGAGAUGCGGCUGUGACCGAAAGGUCAGGGGAGUCAGCCCAGAAGGUUUCCAGUGGUCAGGCUGCUCUGAUAAUCUGUCCUAUGGUGUUGCAUUCUCUCAGACCUUUGUGGACGAGCCUGAGAGAGCUAAAGGCAUGUCAUCAGGGCGACCACUAAUGAACAUUCACAAUAAUGAAGCAGGACGAAAGGCUAUCCUCCAUAACAUGCAGGUGGAGUGUAAGUGUCAUGGCGUUUCCGGGUCCUGUGAGCUCAGAACCUGCUGGAAGGUCAUGCCCCCUUUCCGCCGGGUUGGUUCUGUGCUGAAAGAGCGUUUUGAUGGGGCCACAGAGGUAAAGCUUACACGUGUGGGCUCUCGCACAGCUCUGCUUCCACGGGACCCCCAAGUGAAGCCACCAGCCACACGGGAUCUGGUCUACCUGGGUCCUUCACCAGAUUUCUGCCAUUUAGACCCAGACAAUGGCAUCCCUGGCACUGCAGGACGACGCUGUAAUGGAACCUCAAGGUUGGCACCAGAUAGUUGUGAACUGUUAUGUUGUGGCCCAGGGUUUCGUGCGGGCCGUGCAGAGGUGGUACAGCGCUGCUCCUGUAAAUUCUCCUGGUGCUGCUCAGUUCGCUGCCAGCAGUGUAAGAACACAGUGCUCAUACACACCUGCCGAGAAUGAGACACGUACCUGGAAAAAACGCACAUCAUCUCAAAUCAGAACCAGAUCCAUCUCUCCUAGAUCAACAGUGCGAUAUCACACACCUAUAUCUCAUGCCAGCCUGCACUAAUAUAUGCUAACUUGCCUCUUGUCAAUUCCAGUUACUUGCAAAACAGACUCCCAAUUAUCAAUGAAAUCAAGGAUUUGCCUAAUAAUGGUGAUUAAGCAGAUAUCCUUUUCAAUAUACUCCAUGUGAACUUAUGGCUGUGAACAACAGCAGAACAACCCUCAAGAUUGUUUAUGGAAUAGUGUUACCCAAAAAUGAAAAUUCUCAAAAGCAUUUGGCUUUCCUCCUUCCGUUGAACACAAAAGUAGCUUAGAAUGACAGUCUCAGUCACCGUUAACUUUCAAGAAGAUGCAAUGAGAGUGUAUGGUGACGGAGGUAAACAUUCUGCCUAGCAUUUCCUUUUGUGUUUCACACAAGUGCGUGUUCUGUAUAACAUUGAAACAAGAGUCAGUAACUGAGGACAGAAUUCUCCUUUUUAUUAUAUGACCUUGCACUAGAUCAUGACAAGCUAACAGUACAAAAAUGGCAAUUAAAUCAUCUUAUAGUUAAUUCAGACAUAUUUAAUAAUCAUUCAUUUACAAGUUCAGAUUAGUAGGACUUUUAUUCAGUUGAAUUAAAUGUUGGCUAUAUUUGUUCAUCAGUUGGGAAGCUUUGAGAUGGAAAUAAGGUGUGUGGGAUGGUAAAAUAUUAUUAUGUUUCAAUGUAUAAAUGGGAUUCUUUUAGUACAUCAGAUCAAUUGGAACACAGAACUAUAACAUUUCCUUAUAUGAUCAAUUACACAACUAUUUACUUUCUCAGACAACGCUCUUAAAGCUGAGAUUAACCCCAGAAUAACAGAAGAAUAACGUUAGUAUUGUCUACAAGGCCUUCAGAAUAUAGUGUUAUACCCUAAUAAAAGGUUCCUCUUUUCCCAUUUAUAUAUAUAUUAAUUUUGCUGAUUGUGUUUAUUUAUUUGAGUCUGUUAUGCCUGUAUGACAUUAUGGAAAAUUCAACCAACAUACUCGACCUGCUUCAUUUACCAGCUGUUUGUUUUGGCUUUUCCUAUUAUUCCUUUUUCCCAUAGUGGCUCUUCUCAUUUUCUAUAAUAUUUACUGUCUAGUAAAUUAAA